CUCCGCUGCCCCGUUCCUUUCCUUCUGGUGACCCCUCCACUGUUCCACCUCUCUCCAGCCAGAGCCCAGGAGGUCCAAGCGGAGAAUGUGACGGUGGCAGAGGGCGGCCAGGCCGAGAUCAACUGCAGGCUCCACCAGUAUGACGGCUCCAUCGUGGUGAUCCAGAAUCCCUCCCGGCAGACGCUCUUCUUCAACGGCACGCGGGCCCUGAAGGAUGAGCGCUUCCAGCUGGUGGAGUUUACCCAGAGCCAGGUGCGGAUCGUGCUCUCCAACGCCCGGCUGGAGGACGAGGGGGGCUACUUCUGCCAGCUCUACACAGAGGACACCCACCACCAGAUUGCAAUCCUCACAGUGCUGGUGCCCCCUGAGAACCCCCUGGUGGAGGUGAAGGAGCAAGCAGUGGAAGGCGGGGAGGUGGAGCUCACCUGCACCGUUCCCCGGUCGCGGCCGGCCGCCACCCUGCGCUGGUUCCGGGAACGGAGAGAGAUGAAAGGGAUGAGCAGCCGGCAGGAGAGCGGGAAGGUCUUCAGCGUCACCAACGUGGUGCGCUUCCGGGUGGAGCGCAAGGACCACAGCAGCAUCGUGACCUGCGAGGCCACCCAUCCGGCCCUCCGCGGGCAGCGGAAGCAGACCCAGUACCUCCUGUCUUUCCCAGACUCGCCCACGGCACGGAUCCACCCUCCGCCCGGCGUGAUGCGGGAAGGAGACACCCUCAUCCUGACAUGCGCCGUCAACGGCAACCCACUCCCCACAGACAUCAAGUGGAGCCGGGCAAAUGACUCCCUUCCGGAGCGGGCACUAGUCGAGGGCGAAAUCCUGACCAUCCCCAGCCUCAGCCUGCUGGACAACGGGACCUACUCCUGCCAGGUGUCAAAUAAGCACGGCCGCUCCUCCGACCAGUACGUCCUGGUGGUCUACGACCCCGGGGCCAUUGUGGCGGCCCAGACCUCGGUGCCCUACGCCAUUGUGGGCGGCAUCCUGGCCUUGCUGGUCUUCCUGGUCAUCUGCGUCCUGAUCGUCAUGGUCUGGUGCUCCAUCCGGCAGAAAGGCUCCUACCUGACGCACGAGGCCAGCGGACUGGACGAACACGGCGAGGCUCGGGAGGCCUUCCUCAACGGAGGCGAUGGGCACAAGCGCAAGGAGGAGUUCUUCAUCUGAGCCGCGGGGAUGGGGUGGGAAUGGGGGGGCUG